AUGGCUGUACUUCCCGAGAACCUCGAUCACAAGCCCAGCCAUGAUACAAGACAAAAGAUUUUCCAGGCCUUCUUUGGCACCAGUCUUGCAAGAGUAAACCACAAUCACUCACAGCAAUAUUUCAGUUAUUAUGAGCGAGAAUUGGCAAUGCUGAAGUUUGGUUCCUUGACUUCAACAGCAACGUCAAGGAACGAAUUGCUUGUGACCACACACACGGACUUGAUCGAAAUAGUAGACGUUGUGCGUUCGGCAGCAGACAACAAACUGAACCUCAUCCAAGCACUUCAAAAAAGGCAUCCAGGGACAGAUGCUACCGCAUCACGAACAUUAAAUCUUUUUGUGAGACUGUGGUUGAUGUUGAACGUCCGCGAGGCAGAAGCCUUGUUGCACGCUCCACAAACAUAUCUCUUGCAUUGGAGUGACAAGCAGACGUUGCCAGAGUUCGUGGCGGAAGCAUUCCCGACCUCAAGGUGGAAGAUUGAAGCCAAAGACAGUCGGCUGCAUCCCUCAUUCACUGCAGUCUUCAUGGUGGACAUCUGUGGCUUGAAGCUGGAAUGGACAGACUGUCUCGCGGAUCAUCUGAGACUUGAUCGACGACAUAACGCUCUGAGGGUUUAUUCGUACAAGGGGUUGCUUCAGGCUCACCUCAAUACCUACCAGAGUACUGGUGCAAAUAAUGAAAGUCCCCUUCCCGAAAGGCUCCUCAUGGAGACGAUAUGGAGUCUGAACCUCCUCUUUCCGCAGUGGGAUCAAAAUACCAACGCCUUGCUCAAGAAGCACCAACAGACCUUUCAGCAAGCAGGGCCCUACAACGGACCGCCGACGCUGAACCUUGCCGAAUUUCAAUAUUGGCGAGAUCGAUUGAUGGAACUUCAUGAUGUAGUUUUUCUGGCUCCUCCGGCAAGUUGGGCCCAGCUGUGGCGGGACCGUCGAAAUCCUCAACAAUUCUGGACGUUCUGGUUGGCACUGGUCAUUUUGUGGUUGACGUUGAUCUCGACGGUAGCGGGCAUCGUGCAGGCGUGGGCUUCGAUAAAGAGUCUAGAUAGUUGA